AUGGCAGCACCCAUUGAGGACCCAUGUGAACAAUAUGAGACAUUGGAUAUUGCAUUCUUGAAUUCAAGUUGUGAUCCAACAGUUACGUUCAGUGUGAAGAAUGAUAAUGGUUACGACUCAAUCACAUUCACUCCAGCAUUGCCCAUAUCACAUUUUAUGAACUACUCCAGUUAUUUCAUAUACUCCACUGUGACGCCAGGUAUCUACAACCUCACUGCCAUCAGUGGUCUCUGCAACCAGACUCGCACCCUCGAGAUUGUGGUGCCAUCCAUCGUCAUCACCCAACCCAAGUGCUUUGGAGGACCGCUCACCAUCAAUGCCACUGGCUACCGCGGCGAGGUCUCCUUCGCCGUCGAUGACAUGGACCUCGUCACCAAGAACAACUCAUACAACUUUGAAUCAGACAUGGACCCCAGUAGCAUCCACCAACUGGUUGUGAGCGUCCCCAACGUUGGAGCACAGCCAUGCAAAGUGUACUUCCCUUACGACACGACCAACUCCUUCGCCCCCAAGCUGGUCAUCACUCACCCCACGUGUGGCUUGUCCGAUGGCAAGAUCGUCGUGACCAACUUUGCCGAGUUCACCUCCAUCACACUCCAGUCCAACACAAACGACGACAUCUUCCCUGAUGCCAACGGAGUGUUUAGCAACCUCAACUCGACCACUGCCCGUGUCGUCAACUUUGGAAUCUACGCCGAGUCUGCCAAGUGCUCGCACACCCUCCUGUACCCGGGCGUCCUCAUUCCCUUCACGCCCACAAUGACUCUGUCCGGCAGGGCUGUCGAUGCUUGCAACAAGACCCAUGGCAUCUACAAAUUUACCCUUACCGGCGCAACUAAAGUCUUGCCCGACGGGAUGAACAUCACAGUUGACGGCACCACAGUCGUUGAGCUGGGCGUUGAGUUUGUCUUCUCAGUUGGUUCCUACCAGGUUCAAUUAUCUACUUGCGCCGAUCCUGUGACCUACGACUUUGCCAACUACUUCCUCCCCGUCACGCACACCAUUGGCCCAAAUGGUCAACAGCCAACAUGCUCCGUAACCACCACCGCCACUGUCGCCUACCCAUUCGACUAUGCCAACCUCACGGUCAGCCCCACCAACCUUGACUCGAACCACCAGCUCCAGGUCAUCCACGAUCAGACCUACUUGGCAAUGUCCAAAUGCUUCCCCCAACAAAGCCGCUUUGCAUACCCCAAGGUGCACCCAUACUACUACGUCAACUACACUGACACCUCCUGCAUUGGCGUGUACCAAGUCACUGUCAGGAACUACGCAGCAUUCGAUUCGAUCUUCAUGAGCUACCAAGACAUCAUCAAGACUGCAGUCAAUGGAGUGAUCUAUGAUGUGUUCCUACCAUUGACCGGGGACUGGGUGUUGACCACCAUCGAGAAGGGCUGCACUGUUCAGCGCAACCUCACCGUCACACAGAUCAAUAAUCCACUCGACAAUGGCUACUUCACCUUUGAGAUCACCAACGUCACUCAAGAUGCCAAUGCCGGUUGUCUCUCACCAUACUCAGCCACGAUCUAUCCACACUACAAGGGUAUUAGGUCCACACAAGGCACCUACGUCGAGUUCAACAACUCCAACAAUGGCUUCGUCCAAACAACCUACUUUGCUUCUGAACAUUGUCCACCCACUCCAGUCAUUUAUCGCGAGCCAGCCCCACCAACCAAUGCCCAGGUCACUGUCCACCAGCAUGCUCCAUGUCUGCAGACCGUGGGAUUGAUCAACGUCACCUAUACUGAGCCAUUGUUGUACUUGUUGUUCAACGGGUCCAAUGUUAUUAUCCGACCCUCUGGACAAUUGUACGAGGUCCCAGUUGGUACUACUAAUGUCAAAAUCGUCUUUAAGGCUCCCAACUUCCAAUGUCAACAAAUCAUUCCAGUUACUCUCCACGCCAUCGACACCACCACCAUCCUCAGUCUCCAAAUCACGCCACAAGACUCUUCCAACUGCAGUGCUCCCAGUGGAAAGGUUAUGUUUACCACGGCCUGGUCCAACUUCAACUCGGCCAUGCUGCUAGGAGAGGAAGAUGUCCCCUUUGACAAUGUGACUGGUGUGGCUACAGUUGGAACAUAUUACACCAGUGCCAAGUUUGAUCACAAGACUUGCGGAAAGGGAAUAAUCAACAAUGUGUUCAUCCCCACCGACAACAAGGUCACCAUCUCAUUGACUCCACUGUACAAAUCCAGUUGCAAGGACUCCACCUCAGCACCCAACUCAGCCCAGAUCUCAUUGUUGCACUCCAACGGCAGAUACAUCUACCCCGACAACAUCUAUUCUUUCUCGCCCGACUUUGACCUCAGCUACAACUUCUUCACUGGAGUCAUCUAUGGAAUGCCACUUGGCAAUCUAACUGCUAGAAUAACCCAUGAUUACUGCCAGUGGGACUACAACUUUGUCCAAAACAUCGACACCAAGCCAGUGUUCAAGGUCAACAUUGUCAAGAUGCCAACUGUUGGAAUGCUCAAUGGUGUUGCCCAGAUUGUCAUGCUCAGAGACGACCUCUAUGUAGGUACCGUGCAGGCGUCAAGUGGAUAUGCCACUCCAGACCGUAGUCAGAUCAUUGGAUGGGGCUACAACCAUGAGCAGCCACUCAUGAACUUCACCCUGUCAGAGGCUCCCAUGGGAUGUGUGUACAGGUACCAAGUCAACUUGACCAACGAGAUCACUACGCCAAGGUACACGGUGAUUGAGCCAACCGAGUGUGGUUCCAAGACCUACCAGCUCAAGUUCGAUCAGGUCAGCAUGCAAUUGUUUGAGAUUUAUGUCUCCGACACUGCUCCAGAUAUCAAUGGUGUUGUCUCGGUCAACGCUUUCAACAAUGGAGGCUUGAAAUUCAGGAGCAUCGUCAACCCAGCUCUUGGCUUCACUUCCGUCCCCAUCGUUGGACUGGUAUCCUAUUUAACAUCAUUUGGCAACAUUGAAGUCAAGUACACCACCACUCCAGAGACGUGUAUCAGCUCCAGAGAUGGAACUCUCACCAUCACCAAUGCCAACCCAGAGAUCUACACCUAUUCCCUCGUUAACACCGACAACAAUUACCAGGCCGACACCUUGAUCACCGGCAACACAGUUCAGUUCCGUUUCCUUGAGUCUAGCCUCUACAUCCUCAAUGUCUACUUGUUCUCCAACCCAUACUGUGUCAAUAGCCAGAUGGUCCUCGUCCCACAAACAGAGCCAGAGCUGGUCAUUUCCGCACCAAACGUCUGCUCCGACGGCCAGAACUUUACUUCAAUCUCCAUGAGAAUAGAGCCAUCCACAUUCACCGCCACCUACAAGAUCAACGGUGAUACAGUUAACCCUACAACCACCCAUCUACCACCUGGUACCUAUGUUGUCGAGGCCUCCAUCUCAGCUGGAGUGUGCUCUCGUUCUAUCAACCAAAAGGUGACCAUGCAGUAUUCUGUCAUUAGUGAUACUCUGGCUUCAUACCAAUGUGGUCAGCUGUCCUACAACACUUAUGCCGAACGCCAGUCCUACGCCAAGGUGCAAUUGAUUGACAGCAAGAAUAAUGUGGUCAAGGUGGACACUGAGAUCCAAUACCAGAUGAACUACUUUAAUCUUGACACUGGCUCAUACAGAGUUAUCACCACCGACAUCUCUGGCUGCAUGGUAGCCACGAACCCAGUAGCUGUUACCUCAUGCACUCCAGUCCCAAACUACCACCACUACCCACCGCCGCCACUACCCUCCACCACUGGACCAUCUUCUACUACCACUAGCCAAUCGACCACAACCACUGGACCAUCUUCAACCACCACUACCGACAGCACCACCACAACUACUACUGGCACUACCAAUGGACUAAAUGGAUCCUCCCAGACUACCGCCCCAACUGUCCUUAUCCUCAUGAUCACAUUCAUUCUCCUCUCCCUUAUUUAA